UUAGGCUUUGGGGAUAAAACGAGGCUCAGAAAGCAAGCUGGGGCAUUUCUCCCCGAGAUGGCGGGUCUGGCAUUGGCAGCGCUGCGGCUGGGACUCCUGCUCCUCCUCUUCGCUGUGCGUCCCUCGCAGCUCGGAGGGGUCCCGGGAGCUGUUCCUGGUGGAGUUCCCGGAGGAGUCUUUUAUCCAGGAGCUGGUGGUAUUGGUGGUCUGGGAGGCCUAGGAGCCGGAGGAGCACUGGGGCCAGGAGGCAAACCACCCAAGCCAGGAGCUGGACUGGGCGCCUUUGGGCCAGGUGCUGGAGCGCUGGCAGGCGGCGCAGGGCCUGGAGCAGGUCUGGGUGCUUUUCCUGCAGGCACCUUCCCGGGGGGCGUGGUGCCUGGUGGAGCAGCUGGUGCUGCAGCUGCCUAUAAAGCUGCCAAGGCUGGUGCUGCUGGGCUUGGGCCAGGAGGAGUUGGUGGUAUUGGUGGUGUUGGUGGUGUUGGUGGAGUCGGUGGCAUCGGUGGUGUUGGCGGUAUUGGCGGCAUUGGCGGCGUUGGUGGCCUCGGAGUGUCUACAGGUGCGGUGGUGCCCCAGGUAGGAGCAGGAGUAGGCGUUGGAGCGAAGCCUGGGAAAGUGCCUGGUGUGGGGCUGCCCGGAGUCUACCCAGGCGGUGUGCUCCCAGGCACAGGAACUCGGUUCCCAGGUGUGGGGGUGCUCCCAGGAGUUCCCACUGGCACAGGAGUCAAGCCCAAAGGCCCAGGGGCAGGCGGGCCAUUUGGCGGAAUCCCAGGAGUUGGCACAUUUGGGGGACAGCAGCCUGGAGUCCCUCUGGGGUAUCCCAUUAAGGCCCCCAAGUUGCCAGGAGGCUACGGUCUACCUUACAGCACCGGCAAACUGCCCUACGGCUAUGGGCCUGGAGGAGCAGUCGGUGCUGCGGGGGCCAAGGCUGGGUACCCAACGGGGACAGGGGUUGGCCCGCAGGCAGCAUUGGCAGCUAAAGCCGCAAAAUAUGGUGCUGGAGGAGCCGGAGUCCUUCCUGGUGGAGCUGGAGUUCUUCCUGGUGGCGCCAUCCCUGGCAUAGGAGGACUCGCAGGGGUCGGGGGACCUGCCGCAGCAGCAAAGGCAGCUGCUAAGGCAGCCAAGUAUGGAGCUGCCAGGGGCUUGGUGCCUGGUGUGCCAGGCGUUGGAGUCCCAGGCAUUGGCGGGGUCCCAGGCAUUGGAGGGGUCCCAGGCAUUGGCGGGGUUCCAGGCAUUGGAGGGGUCCCAGGCAUUGGAGGAAUCCCAGGUGAGGUGGUUCCAGGAGCUGUGUCGCCUGCUGCUGCUGCUAAAGCUGCCUCCAAGGCUGCCAAAUACGGGGCCAGAGCCGGCGUGGGUGCUGGCGGCCUGCCCACCUUUGGGGGUGUUGGUGCUGGGGGCUUUCCUGGCUUUGGAGCUGGAGCUGGAGUCGGAGCCGGAGCUGGAGCUGCAGCACAGGCCGCAGCCGCCAAGGCAGCUAAAUAUGGUGCUGGGGGAGCAGGUGCCCUGGGAGGACUGGUGCCAGGUGCUGGAGGCGCAGUUCCUGGCGUGCCCGGAGUCGGAGGUGUGCCCGGAGUCGGAGGGGUUCCAGGAGCAGGAACUCCAGCUGCAGCCGCUGCUGCCAAAGCCGCUGCCAAAGCCGCCCAGUAUGGUACAGGUGUGGCACCUGGCGUGAGACCUGGCGUGGUCCCUGGCGUGGCACCUGGCGUAGUCCCUGGCGUAGUUCCUGGUGUGAGUCCUGGUGGAGUUGCAGGAGUAGGUGCGCCGACUGGAGGCAAAUCUGCAGCUCAGCUGGCUGCUAAGGCCCAGCUGCGGGCUGCAGCUGGGCUCCCUGCUGGCCUUCCUGGAUUCGGAGCAGGCGCUGGGCUUCCUGGAUUGGGAGCAGGUGCAGGUGCAGCCACGCCCUCUUUUGCCACGCCCACGCCGCGAUGGAAAAGACCUUUUUCUGAGACGUUCAAGACCGUCCCGCCGCCCUGGCUCCUGCCCACAAAUGCCUGUCAUGCCUCCAGCCCCCGGGGCAACCAUAGCUCCCCUCGCAGUUCCAGUCCUGGGGGUGGGGAUUGUGGAGGCAUCUCGGCCACCUUUGUAUCCGCUGCCCGCCCCUCCAUUUGGCGUUCGCUCAGCAACCGGCCUGGCCAGACAAUCCGUGGCCCCCGCAUUCCUGGCAAGCUCCCCCAGUUCACAGAGGGGCCAGUUUCCAGCUUGGAAACUCCCUCCUUUUCUGUUCACUCUGGAAGCCCGGACACACCAGCCCCGUCCUGUGCCUCCAGGCUGCUCUUCCCGGGUCUCCAGGGCCUGCCCAGAACCCGGGACCCAGCACUUAACUCUAUGGAGAGACUACAGGCCUCCACCCGGAAGCUCUUAGCCAUCCCUGGGACCACCAUGUCCUACACCUAUGGCCCCAGCAAAGGCCCAUGCCAGGGAGUGCCCAGCCAUGGGUCAGGGCAGAACCAGCUCAGCCUCAGAGCAGCAGGAGGUGCAGGAGGUCUUGGCGGUGUGGGAGUCCCAGGCGGCGUGGGUGUCCCAGGCGGCGUGGGUGUCCCAGGCGGCGUGGGUGUCCCAGGUGGUGUGGCAGGAGCUGGACCUGCUGCUGCUAAAGCUGCAGCCAAGGCCGCCAAGUAUGGUGCUGGAGGACUCGGAGCUGGAGGACUUGGAGCUGGGGGACUUGGAGCUGGGGGACUUGGAGCUGGGGGACUCGGAGCUGGAGGGUUGGGAGCUGGCGGCCUGGUGCCAGGAGCUGGGGGCUUUGGAGGUGUGUCUCCAGCUGCAGCUGCUAAAGCAGCCAAAUAUGGUGCUGCUGGUCUUGGGGGUGUCCUGGGAGCCAGGCCCUUCCCUGGAGGAGUGGCCGCUCGGCCUGGCUUCGGCUUGUCCCCCAUUUUCCCAGGUGGUGGAGCCGGAGGCCUGGGAGUUGGUGCCAAACCACCCAAGUCCUAUGGAGGGGCCCUGGGAGCCCUGGGGUUCCAAGGUGGAAAGAGAAAGUGAGUUCCCCAGACUCCCAACUCACGACCUCAUCAACGUUGGUGCUACUGCUUGGUGGAGAAUGUAAACCCCUCGUGCCCCCCCAGUCCCCACUCCCGGAGGGGACAGGCAGGCAGGCCGGCAGUGCCUGGAACCCACAGGACGAGAAGCGAGAGCGGCUGGGGGGCCCCCACUCCCCACCCGCCCAGGACCUCCCCCCACGCCUCCAUCUCCAGAAGGACUUGGUGCUAAUCCUGGUGCUCAUCUUUGGGGGGAGGGAGGCGGGAAGGACAGCCCUGGGGGGGGCCUUUAAAGUCGCAGCCCCCCUCCCACCCACCCUGGCUGCCUCUGAGCGGCCCGCUGGUACCCAGGCCCACAAAGCCUCAAGCUGGAUCCCGACCCUUGAGCCCAACUCCCCCACCCUGGUAUACCUUAGGGUGAGAGGACCAACCCCCAUGGGGAAGGGUCUUCUUGCUCUUCUGGGUUUCCUCUGCCCAUCUGUCCUAAUGCCCAUCCAUCCAUCCAUCCCUCUGGUCCCCAUUGGACCACCAGGUGCCGCUAGCAGGCCGGUUGCCCCCACCUCGGCCUGGAUAACCUGCCUCCCCUCCCCCAUCCUGCCACACACACCCCUACAGGGCCCCCCAAAAGAGCCCCAAGUGAGGGGCUGUGCCGGCCUGGGGGGGAGGGCUGUCCCCCCCAUGCAGUACUGUAACCCCCUGAGCCACUGUUCUGACCAGUGCCUGCCCGCCCAUCUCUGUGUCUCGCUGUGAUAGAUCAAUAAAUAUUUUAUUUUUUGUCCUG